UGUCUCCCACCGCGGCACGGCGCAAGAAACCCCGAUCCCCUCACCCACGCUCCCAUCCCAUGCAUCAUCGCCAUGCCAUCCAUGGAUUCCUCCCGUGCGGCGUCUCCCAACCCAAGUUCCUAACCCCACCCACACCCACACCCAGCAACCCCAAUUCCUUCCUCUCCCACCAACGCAACCACAUAUUCUGUCGUCGCCGUCACCUUGACGGCUAGACGCGGUUAGAGACCGACCGGCCCCAUAUAUACCAUACGUGACUGGGCAACAUCGUAUCCGGCCGUGGAAAGGAGAAGCCUAGCCUAACUGCGAGGAGUGAGGUCGGUACCGGCUUAGCCAGCAAUCUGCAGGUGAAUUGGGGCACUAACAGCAGCAGCAGCAUCAAUCAAGUGAGGAUUUCACAAUGCGGCCGGCCGUGACGCACGACGACCUGUCCCUCCGCAAGGCGCAGGAGCGCCGGGCGGGGCGCUCCGGCAGCCAGAUCGCCGUCGCCCUCGUCGCGCUCUCCGUGCUCUGCGGCCUCGUCAGCUUCAUCCUCUGCCUCGCCGCCGAGGGCUCGCGCUCCGAGGUGUCCAACUACCUGAUGACCGUGGCCGGGAGCGAGGCGCAGGUGGAGCUGUGCUUCUACAACGGCAGCGGCCGCUCGGCGCUCGCCUUCUCCAUCGGCGCCUUCCUGCUGCUGGCCGUCGCCAUGUUCGCCGUGCACGGCUACAUGCUGCUCGCCGUCGCUUCGCCGGACUCCGCCGCCGCUGGCCUCGCCGUCGCCGAGGACCACCCCCGCGUGUCCUCCGCCACCAACACCCUCACCUGGCAAACCUGCUGCCUCUUCUUCGUCACGUGGAUUUGCUUCGGGCUCGCGGAGGUGCUGCUCAUGAUCGGGAUCGGGGUGGAGUCCGGCCACGUCAGCGACUGGCGGAGGCCGCGGCAGGUGUGCCACCGGGUGCGCCCGGGGAUGUUCGCGGCGGCGGGGAUACUGGGGCUCAUCACCGUCGUCGUUGGCUUCGUCGUCUACGUGACCGCGGUGCACACGCAGAAGCUGCUGAGGCAGCACGGCGGCGGCCACUACCCGCCGCACCCCGGCAGCGCCCCGUACCCCAGCGUCCAGCAGCACCACCUGCAGCCGCCCGUGUCGUACCCACCACACCCGGCCCCGCACCCACACCCUCAUCCGGCGCCGAAUGCGCCGGAGAUUACGGCGGCCGCGUGCCAGGUGCAGUCCAGCAACGCGUGGUGCAUCACCAAGGACAAGGAGUACACCGAUGUUUGAAUGCCUGAGCCUGACACAAUGAAUGGUCGAAGAAGUGCAGAGACGAUGAGCCUGACACAAUGAAUGGUCGAAGAAGUGCAGAGACGAUGCACGUAAAAUUCCUUUUCGUUUUCGAACAAUUGCUUGCUGAUUUGAGCAAUUGGAUUAUUAUUUGCUGAUAUGUAAAAUAAUUUGUUUGUACAAGGACAAUAUUCAUGUUUUAACUUGUUAUUAUGCUGUU